GUAUGUCAAAUAAAGAACAAGACUAUUAUGAGAUUUUAGGAGUAAGCAAAACAGCCUCUGAUGAUGAAAUUAAAAAGGCUUAUAGAAAAUUGGCAAUUAAGUGGCAUCCAGUAUGAUUAUUGAAUAAUAAUUUUAGGAUAAAAACCCUAAUAAUAAAUAAGAAGCCUAAGAAAAGUUUAAAAAAAUUGGAGAAGCCUAUUCUGUAUUAUCUGAUAAAGAUAAAAGAGCUAUUUAUGAUAGAUAUGGUCAUGAAGGGUACUAAUCUAAUCUUAUAUAAUUAGUUUAAAGAAUGGUGGCGGUGGUGCUAGUUCAUUUUAAGGAUUCCGUGGUUUUGGUGGUUUUGGGGAUGGAUUUGAUCCUUUUAAAUAAUUUGAGAGUUUCUUUUAAAAUUUUGGAAUGGAUGAUGAUGAACUAGGGUUUUUCUUUGGUAGAAAAGGCAGCAAAAAAAAUAGUAACAAUUCUUAAAGAAGUCCAUUUGGAUUUGGUGGAUUUGGAGGGUUUGGUGGUUUUGAUGAUGAUGACUUCAUGGGUAUGGGAGGUGGUUCAUUUUAAUCAUUUUCAUCUUCUAACUUUGGUGGUGGAUUUGGAGGAUCAACUUCAAUUUCUACUUCAACGACAAUUUAGUAUAAAUAAAUAAUUAAUAACUUAGAAAUGGUCGUAAAGUCACAGUUACAAGAAAGACAACAACAAAGGCUGAUGGAACAACAGAAGUAGUUGAAACAAUUGAUAAUGGUGGAAGAAAAGAAGAGAAAAGAUACUAAUUAGAAAAUGGAUAAAGAACUAAUGGAUCAAAAUCCAUUAAACAUUGA